AUGCCCCAAUUGUCAAACACACUAAAAGCUAUGCUCCUUACAAAAUUGAGGGAAUACAAGUCUGAUUUGAAUAAUUUGAAGAGUGAAGUCAAAAGGAUUACAUCAACUAACCUGAACCAAGCUGCGAGAGAUGAGUUGCUGGAAUCAGGGAUGGCUGAUGCUUUGACUGUUUCAGCUGAUCAAAGGACAAGACUUUUAAUGUCGACGGAGAGGGUAACCAAGUCCAGUGACAGGAUCAGGGAAAGUAGAAAAACUGUGCUGGAGACGGAGGAGCUUGGUGUUUCUAUUCUUCAAGAUCUUGAUCAGUAG